UUGGUUCCAGUUCUCGUUAGGCUCCAUACAGCAUCGGUUGGUUGUUCCCGUCGCAAUGACAAUCUCGUGGCUGACCUUGCUCGGCCUUUGUGUCAAUCUGAACCUCGGAUCGGCGUUGCACGCACCGCAGCACAAUUGCGAUAGGUAUUUCUCCUACUACAAGGAGAACAGUGGAGCGUAUAUUGGCGUUUUCACGGCCCCACGAGGUGGAGUGAAUAGCCUUUCGUGGGAGGUGGUCUUCACUGCCCAUGGAACGGGACAGGCGGAAACCGUUAGCUCCCUCACGCCGUAUCCCUCCAAGGAUAGUGCCUUCGAAAAAAUACACAAUGGAGAACGUGGACAGGUAUAUGUGCGCUUUCAAAACUUCGGGAACGAGCUGCCCAAACUUAUCCGGGCAGAAUUCAAUGACGAGCUUUUGUGCCGAAACGAUGAGUAUGAUGCCCCUUCGAGCACAAUGACCCGCCGGCAGUCCAUGUCCACUUCAAACCCCAUUAGAAGUUCAGCGCCCAGGGAAAUGGUGCCCCAGUCGCGGCCCGUCGUUUCCUUUACGGAAUCCCACAAACACGCCAAUCCGUUUCUGCCUCACAAUAUUCCCCAAAAUGUUCCUCAAAAUAAGCCAAAGAUAGAUGCUGACUUUGAGGAGUGCGGCGUAGAGGGUUUUGCGCCCCUUCAAAUCGGAGGCGAACUGGUGACCCGGGGUCAGUAUCCCUGGCUGGCGGCCCUCUACGAAGGUGGAUCGACGGCCUCGUACAAAUGCGUGGUCUCGGUGAUCUCCAAGAGGACUGUGAUCACAGCAGCCCACUGCAUUUAUGGCAAGGAGGCGAAUCAACUGUGGGUCUAUCUGGGCAGGCACGAUCGCAACGAGAAUCCGGAAAGUGGAGCUUCCUUGGUCAGCGUGUCCCGAGUGGUCACUCCUUCCGCCUACGAGGGCAGUCCAGUUCCGGACGCGGACGUGGGUCUCCUUGUGCUCAGUGCAGCAAUGGUCUACACCAAGUACAUUCAGCCCCUCUGUCUGUGGAGCUCCAAUAUGGGUUUGCCCCCGAAUGAGGGAGAUACUGGUGCUGUGGCCGGAUGGGGCUACGAUAGCAGUGCCCAGAAGACGCGAUUUCCCAAGACGGUGAGUGUGCGAUUGGUGCCAAGGGAUCAGUGCCUCAAGGAGAUGAAACGGGCGGAGGACUUCAUCACCCGGCGGACAGUCUGUGCCGGGAAUUCGCAGUCGCAUGGUCCCUGCUUCGGAGACUCGGGAUCUGCAUUGGUAGUCCUGCGCAAUAACCGAUGGUAUAUUCGGGGCGUCGUCUCCCUAUCGCCGCGCCAGGGAGAAAUAUGUGAUCUUAGCAAGUACGUCAUUUAUUGCGAUGUUGCCAAGCACAUCGAUUGGGUUCGUCAAAAUAUGGUGAUGUAAGGAGAUCAAUUCGGUGUUAGAGUAAUUAGAAACUACCAAGUGGGCCAAAAAGUUUGUGAAGACGGAAAAGUUAAAACCUUUCUGUACAAAAAUCUUGAAUAAACUCUGUUACUUACAACUAUA